AUGGGCCUCAAGUACCUCGCAUGCGCCGCGGCCAUCGCCGCGGUCGCGAUGCAUCCCUGGCUAGCCACGGCCGCCUCCAAGGUCGACGUCGAGGCCAACAUCACAGCGCUGACCGGUGGCGAACUCGAAGCCGAUUGGACAAAUGUAUUCUACUCCAAAGAGAAGCCACUGCUUCUGGGAAAUGAUGGAGGUGCCGCCUCGGGAGGAUACCACGCGUGGGAUCUGAACAGCGAUUCGCCAUUGUCCGAGGUCAAGUCUAUGAUCACCGGCCGAACAAAGAUCAUCACGACAGUCUACAAUGUCACGGGGCAAGACUACGCGAUUACUAUUGCGAUGCCGGACUCCAUCAUUCGCGUCUACGAGUUGCCAGAUUUUACGGAAAUUGAAUCAGCCCAUGUGACGAUGCUUGGAGAUUGGGCAGCCAUGUGCUCGUGGCGAACCAAGAGUUUGAACGACUACGUCUUUCUUUUUGGCAAGAGUGUGGUGGUGCAGUAUCUAGUCCGCCCGACCAAGGACUCCAUUGAACUGGUGGAGGCUAAAAUGGUUGUCAAUGCCGACGAUGACAAAGAUGUUUACGUCUUCGAUCUCAAAGAAUCGACCAUUGCUCCAGAAAUCACCAAGCUUGGCGAAGCAGCGGAAGAUGUGACUGGUAUUGCAACAUACGCCUCAAAUUCCACCGGCACUGAGUACCUGUUUGUCGCUCAAGAAAGUAGCAUCGCCGUUUACAAGUAUCCAUUCGACCUUGUCGGCAACAUCAAGCUUACUGGCCUUGAGGAUAUUGAAGUCCAGGGCCUCAGUAUCUAUCAGGGGUCAACCUCAAAGUACCCUAGCGGCGCUCUUGGCUUCGCUGUCGAAGCAGACAACAUUGCUGGAUUUGGAGUGGUAUCAUUGGAUGGUGCUCUCAAUGAUCUCGGGAUAGAUGCCAACACCGCGUAUGAUCCUCGGAACGCCACUGGAUCCCGCGACCGUUCUCCGAUUUGUGACGCCUGCUCGAGCAACGGCUACUGUCAGGAGAAUGCCCUAGGAUGCGGCUGCUUCGCUGGCUUCACCGGUGACAAGUGCGAUCAGAUUCAGUGCAUGAAGAAUUGCUCUGGACAUGGCGAGUGUGUUGGGCCGCAACAGUGCAAAUGCGAGAACGGAUGGGGAGGGCUCUUCUGCUCCGCUGUCUUAGUUGAGGCUUCCUACGAAACUGACCAGAAUGGCGGCGAUGGAGAUGAUCCCGCCAUCUGGAUCUCGCCGGAAUCAGCCGAGAAGUCCCGCAUCAUUACCACAACCAAGUCCACUGAGGGUGCCGGCUUGGGUGUUUUCGAUUUGAAGGGCAAGCUGCUCCAAACUCUGCCAGCGGCGGAGCCUAAUAAUGUCGACAUGAUCUACGGCUUCCAGGCUGGAAACAGGACUGUUGACCUCGCUUUCGCUGCUUGCCGUGGUGAUGAUACGCUUUGUCUUUUCGAGAUGACAUCAAAUGGGACCCUGAAGGACAUCCCCGGCGGCAUUCAGCCUGUGCCGGAGGACUACAAAGUCUAUGGUUCCUGCGUGUACAAGUCUCCCACUAGCGGCAAGCAAUACCUCUUUGUCAACGAAAAGUCUGCUCGCUAUCUACAAUACGAGCUGACUUCCAACUCGAAUGGUACUCUCCAGACCACUCUCGUUCGCGACUUUACAGGAGGAUCAGGCGGCCAAGUUGAGGGAUGUGUAACGGAUGAGCAGAACGGUUGGAUCUUCCUAGGCGAAGAGCCUUCUGCGUUGUGGCGUUACGGUGCGGAGCCCGAUUCCUCGGAUGAUGAUGCCAUUCAAAUUGCCUUUGUGGGCGAUGGCCAGACCUUCGCCGAUGUGGAGGGUGUCACCCUCGUCUACGGCGUCAGACCCGAUCAAGGAUACAUCCUCGUGUCUAAUCAGGGCGUCAGUUCUUAUAACGUGUACACCCGGGCCGAUCCUCACUACUAUGUGACAACAUUCACAAUUCCCAAGUCGUCGGAUGGACAAAUCGAUGCGGUAUCGAAUACCGAUGGCAUCACCGCGGUCGGGACACACCUUGGAAAGGACUUCCCUCACGGAUUAUUCGUUACUCACGAUGAUGCCAACCAACUGCCUGACGGUAGUACCAGUGCCGAAGCUAGCUUCAAGCUAGUUAGCCUAGAGAAGAUUCUUGGGGCCGAUGUGAUCAAGGCUAUGAACCUCCUUGAUGAUGUUGAUGCUAACUGGGAUCCGAGGAAGUAA